GUCGAAUAUUGUUGUCCCAUAUUGCUACCCGUCCGUAGCAUACUGUUCAUCUGCUAGAAAUGGCUGAAGCCCCUCCACGGCCCUGCCGGUUUUUUUGUCACCGGUGUUCAGCAGAAAUUGCUCCACUUUUACCGGAAUACACAUGUCCACAUUGUGAAUCUGGUUUUAUUGAGGAAUUGCCAGAAGCGAGAAGGAGCUCUGAAAAUGGGUCUGCAUCCACAUCCUCUGCCAGUGAUCAGAAUCGCCCAGCCUUUGAGACAAUGGAUCACCAACACUUAUUCACAUUUCCCCCUGGGUAUGGUCCAUUCACCCUUGGGAUUUUUGAUGAAAAUUUCGACCUUCGAACACGACUACCCACUGAGGACAACCGAGAGACAGAAAACAGGAGAGAAAGGGAAAUGGCUUCACGUCAGCGAUAUAGUGCAAGGCAACCACGGGGUCGACAUGUUCCUCGAAGACAGGGUACGCGCCAUGAAGGAGUUCCCACUUUAGAGGGAAUUAUCCAGCAGCUAGUAAAUGGAAUCAUAGCACCUACGGCCAUGCCAAAUAUUGGGAUGGGACCAUGGGGUAUGCUACAUUCCAAUCCAAUGGACUAUGCCUGGGGUGCCAAUGGUCUUGAUGCUAUCAUUACACAGUUAUUGAACCAGUUUGAAAAUACUGGUCCUCCUCCUGCAGACAGAGAAAGAAUAAAGAGUUUACCCACCAUUUCCAUCACACAAGAACACGUCAGUGCUGGUUUAGAGUGUCCCGUGUGCAAAGAAGACUACAGUAUUGAAGAGAGUGUUAGGCAACUUCCAUGUAACCAUUUGUUUCACAAUGACUGUAUAGUACCAUGGCUGGAGCAGCACGACACGUGUCCUGUCUGCAGGAAGAGCCUUAGUGGACGGAACACAGCCACAGACCCGCCAGGGUUAUCAGGAAUGAACUUCUCUCCCUCCUCCUCCUCAUCUUCCUCACCAAGUUCACCCAGUAAUGAAAAUGCUGCCAGCAACUCAUAGAUCUUCACCCCCCCACAUCUGUAAAUACCACACCCUGCUGAGACCCAACAAUUCCCCCUCACAACUGAUUCCAAGAUCAUUUGUCUCGAUUUUCAGGGCCAACCUUUUAGUAAUCAUUCCUCCCCCGUGCUGAAUGGAUGCCGGGCCCUGCUGCUGCUGUUACUGAGUGUAUGAGGAGUUCAGGCUGAGUUUAAAGAAAAUUUGGAAAAGAUGUGAAAUAUAACAGUGGGACAGUGAUCAGACAUGGAGCUUUUGUUUUAGCCAGUGUGGACUGCUUUUUGAUGGAAACCUGUCUUUGACACAAGACUGGGACACAUUUUAUAUUUUAAAGACAAAAUGCUCUUUUUUUAUUUAAAAGAAAGAAAGAAAAUAAAAGAAAAAAUUGCAUGUGGUGGUGCAGUCGAUAGAUUUGUAGAUAUAGAGCUCAUUUUGAAAAGUUAGCCACUGUAUGGCUAACAAGUAAAAACUGAGAUUAUGCAUCUGCUUGUUUUCAAAUUUUUUUUUUUGUUUUUAUUUAUUUUCAUCUUUAUUUUGCACAGGAUUCUGUCAGACGGUGAGAAUGUGAAUCUGGGCAAACUACUGUACAAAUCAAUAUUUUUUCCAAGUUUUUGCAUUGAAGAAAUCUUUAUGGUCACAUUGAUUUUUUUUUUCUUCUUCUUUUAUUAGAUUACAUUUUUCUUUUAAGGAAAUCUUGCUCUGAUGUAAUUGUAUCUUACCAAGGUAAAAGUGGAGACAGGCCAGGAACAGACCUUUUUUUUUUCUUUUUUUUUUUUAAGUUAUUUCCUCUAGUGCACAAUAUUUUACAUCCCUACGUGUUCACUGAAACACAACUUAAAUAGUUGAAAACAACAAAAAAAAGGCAUGGGAGCAUCUGACAUGUAUUGGCCAAAUUAUUUAACAAAAUGAGUGUUACUAUGCUGAUGUUUUUUGUACUGCAACAAUAAAGUCCUGAAACCAACACAAUGAUAAAUUUCUGCUGAUAAAAUAGUUUCAC